AUGUUUUAUCCAUUUCUUUUCUUGAUAGCUUUGAAUAUCGCCACGAUAUCAAGUUAUGAAACAAAGCCAAACUGGUCGGGUACAUUCAAUGUUACUCCAUUGUGUAACCGAGACGUAUGCUGCUGUCUUUCUGGAGAAGUCAAUGUUAAAGAGAUAGCUUAUUUCUUUAUGACAUUAUCUGGUAAAUUAGUAGGUCAAUGUAAUGGACUUUCAACAUUCUUUUUACCUGCUAUCAAACCAUCGACAUUUUCAACAAAAUUACCAAUUGUUGGUGUUAUGAAUUUGAGCGAAGACAGUACUUUAGUUACUGUAGAAUCACCAUUAGGUACUCACUGUAACGGACGAGCUGUUCGAAAAUCAUAG